CUGAAGCGAAGGCAUCUUACCAAGUCGUCGUUUUUACUCAUUCUCUCGUCGGUCUCUCUCUAUCUACCUCUUUCUCAUACUGUUCACUUCAAUGGUGGACUCGUCGGUCCUCGUAAAAGGAAAAGGAGAGAGCUGCGAUAACGACUCCUUUCAUGGGAAAGAGAUCUUUCACUGCAUUUGACUCUCUCUCCCUCGCUCUCAUUUUCUCCGUCUAGACCUGCAUUUUUUUCCCAUUUUUGAUUGCUCGUAGUAAGGGAGGGAGACGGCGAGUGAGCUGUUCCGAUCGGAUUUGAGGGACAGCGAGCUGGUGAUUCCUGUUGCUGGCGAGUGCAUUUCGUGGUGGGGAUUGAGGGUGUUGAGCUGAGGUAAUUUUUUAUAGAUUUUGUCGCAGAGGGAGAGGGAGAUGAGUACAAUGGGGAGGCAGGUGCAGAGAUCUGGUGCGACGGCGGUGCACCAUCAGCGGCAGUACUCCGACAACUUCUUCGAGGGCUCGUCCAAUGGGAGGUGGCUUCAAUCUGCGGGUCUCCAGCACCUGCAGUCGUCGAAUCCGUUGGGUCCUCCUCUUCAGGACUUCGGUUACUACGGUGGUGGUGGUGGCCAGGGAUCACGAAUGUAUCGGAAUACCCAGAGGGGCUAUAAUGGGGGGAAUGAGUUCUACGUGGAGCCUUCAACACCUCCCACAAAUUCAAGGUCAUCAAGCCAGAGAAAGAAUGGGGAAGAUUCCCCAAGCGAGUUCAGUCCUGGGCUCUUAGAUCUACACUCUUUUGAUACCGAACUUCUUCCUGAGAUGCCAGUUUCUAGCCUCCAGGAUGGCCCUUCUAUAUAUCAUGCCCGUGGUAGAAGCUUUGAUGAUUCUGAACCAUACAUGCGAAACAACAAACAGGCUGGUAGAGCUCGUGCCCCGCCCGAGAAUAACCUGUUGAAAAGUUUUGCUGCAGACAAGGAUAAAACUAGUUCUGUUGCAAAGAUCAAAGUUGUGGUGCGAAAGCGGCCACUUAACAAGAAGGAAUUGGCUAAAAAUGAAGAAGACAUAAUAGACACACAUUCUAAUGACCUUACCGUCCAUGAGACUAAACUCAAGGUUGACUUGACCGAGUACGUGGAAAAACAUGAAUUUGUUUUUGAUGCUGUACUAAAUGAGGAGGUGUCAAAUGAUGAAGUUUACCAUGAGACUGUGGAGCCUAUAGUUCCUAUAAUUUUUCAACGAACGAAGGCUACUUGCUUUGCAUAUGGACAGACAGGAAGCGGAAAAACUUACACUAUGAAACCAUUGCCCCUCAAAGCAUCGCGUGAUCUCUUGAGGUUGAUGAACCACACUUACCGCAACCAAGGCUUUCAACUAUUUGUCAGCUUCUUUGAAAUAUACGGAGGAAAACUAUUUGAUCUUCUGAGCGACCGGAAGAAACUCUGCAUGAGAGAGGAUGGCAAGCAGCAAGUAUGCAUUGUAGGUUUACAGGAGUAUAGAGUAUCUGAUGUGGAGACAAUUAAAGAACUGAUUGAGAAAGGAAGUGCAACUAGAAGUACCGGCACAACUGGUGCCAAUGAAGAGUCGUCCCGAUCACAUGCCAUACUUCAGCUUGCCAUCAAGAGGUCAAUUGAUGGCAGUGAGUCAAAGCCUCCCCGUGUUGUGGGCAAGCUCUCCUUCAUUGAUCUCGCAGGAAGCGAACGUGGUGCCGAUACUACCGACAAUGACAAACAGACAAGAAUGGAAGGUGCAGAGAUCAAUAAGAGCCUACUUGCUCUCAAGGAAUGCAUUAGAGCUCUGGACAAUGACCAGGGUCACAUUCCUUUCAGAGGCAGCAAAUUAACCGAAGUUCUCAGGGAUUCCUUUGUUGGCAAUUCUCGCACUGUCAUGAUAUCGUGCAUUUCUCCAAGUUCCGGUUCUUGUGAGCAUACUCUCAAUACCUUAAGAUAUGCUGACAGGGUGAAGAGCCUCUCAAAAGGAAACAAUCCUAAGAAGGAUAUACUAUCUUCAACUACAAAUCUAAAAGAAUCAACUACCUUACCUUUGUCAUCCGUUGCAUCAAAUGCUUCCAACUUUGAGGAAGAUAUAACCACUUCUUGGCCAGAACAAAUAGGAGGAGAUAAUUAUGAUGUGUCGGAAGAAUUUUAUGAGCCAGAGAGAGCACAGUGGAAGAGGAACAGUGGGAAACUCGAGUCUUUGAAUCGUGCUGCUUCAGAAGAAAAAUUACAGAAAUUUAAUUUCUCCCAGACAAAGUGGAAGGACCAGCAGAGAUCAGAUGCCAAUAACUCUCAUUUCAGUGAUGAUUUAGAUACUCUUUUACAGGAAGAGGAAGAUCUGGUAAACGCUCACCGAAAACAAGUGGAAGACACAAUGAAUAUUGUCAGAGAGGAGAUGGACUUACUAGUUGAAGCAGACCAACCUGGUAAUCAGCUAGAUGAUUACAUUACCAAAUUGAAUGCCAUCCUUGCUCAGAAGGCUGCGGGCAUCCGUCAACUGCAAACCCGCUUGGCCCAUUUUCAAAAGCGCUUAAAGGAUCACAAUGUCUUAGUUUCUUCAUCUGGUUACUAGUUUCCAGUGGAAACCACCCAGUCCAUUGUUCCUUCGAAGGUAUAUAAGGCAGGAUAUUGGCUCGACUAAUGGUUUCGUCGUCCAAUGUUUGGUCAAUACUCACAACGUGGGUAGGAAGUCGGGAGACCUUUUCUUUUAUUGGUCUCUGCUGCAGCUCAUUGCUGCCCGGACUGGAUUUCUGUAUCUCUGAUGUUCUUCAACCGGAUUUGAUGUUGGAGCAUCUUUGAGGGUCAAGCAUUUGAUAAUUCUGCAUCUCUGAUUUACAGGGAGUUUGAGCAUGUCCUAAUGUACUUGCGGUUGGCCUGCUCUGUAAAGAUUAUCAGUUCUCUUAUUUGUUUAUGAAAUGAUUUUUUU